UGUAUGAGUGCCUGCGUGGCUCGGGUCGAGCGGCGUACGUUCACGCACGCGGUCUCUUCCGUCCGCUCCGCGCGGCGCCGAGCCAGUGAGCAUUGUGACGCCGAGCCGAGCAUUUCGUCUCGCACGCCUACGUUCGUCCUGCUCCAUUAUCCUCGCCGUGCUUUCCGUGGAAGAGAAAGCCGCGUCCAGACACAACCGAGAUCCCAGCACACCGGAAGCCGUGACACACGCCGGUGGACCGUGGGCUACCUGCAAAUGGCAAGAGGCCGCCUCGCGGACACAGUUACACCGUGGACACUGCUUUGAUGUUACCAUAAGGAAAUUGGAGGAAUAAAAGACGCGAUGGAGAUUCUGGGCGUGAAAUUCGCACCAUUGAACGUCCCACUGAAACGAAGACUGGAAACGCUCUCAGUCGCUGUGUGGUUCGUUCUUCUGGUUUUCGGGGACCUCUUCGGAUACCUCGGUAUCGCCUAUCUCCUCUUCUACACCGAGACCAUUCGCUACUUCGCGCUGCUCUACCUCGUCUGGAUGUAUUAUGACUGGAACACCUGCAACGAAGGCGGCCGAAGCGUACGAUUGACAAGAUGGAUGAGGAACACCGCGUGGUUCCAUUACUUCUGCAACUAUUUCCCCUUGAAAUUAGUGAAGACCACCGAUCUGGACCCCAACAGGUUGUACUUGUUCUGUAGCUUCCCGCACGGGAUUUUGUCCAUGGGGGUUUUCGGCGCCUUCAGCACCGACGUCCUCGGCUGCAAGAAGCUGUUCCCAGGUUUGGAUUUCCGGGUCGUGGUGCUAGAUCAACACUUCAGGAUCCCGUUGUUCCGCGAGUACGCUUAUCUGUUCUCGGGUGUCAGCAGCAGCGCGGAAAGCAUAAAUCAUCAGCUAUCGACGAAGCCCCCGCCGCCAUUUACCGGAAGAGCAACGGUUCUGAUCGUCGGUGGAGCGUCGGAAUCAUUGGAAUGUAAGCCGGGCACUUAUCGUAUCCUGGUAAAAAGGAGAAAAGGCUUCGUAAAGAUCGCGCUGAAGCAUGGGGCCCCCCUAGUUCCCGUUUUCUCGUUCGGAGAAACGGACGUCUACGAUCAGCUGUAUAGAUCGGAGGGUUCGCUCCUGAAGAGGACGCAGCACUAUAUUCGCAAGAAGAUCGGGAUCGCGCCGGUUAUUCUCAGGGGGCGAGGAUUCUUCCAGUAUUCCUUCGGAAUCAUUGCACAGAGGAGACCGAUCACUGUCGUUGUCGGCAGUCCAAUGGAUUUACCAAAGAUAGAAGAACCAACAGCUGAGCAGAUCGACCACUACCACGAGAAGUUCAUCGAGCAUCUGUUAGCCUUGUUCGAGAACGAGAAGCACAAAUACGUGGAGAACGCGGAUUCAGUGACCAUCGAGCUCGUACAGUGAUACGAACCAAGACAAGAUUCACUAUGUAUCCUCGAAACUGUUACUGAGAGUACCAACACGUUACUUACUCAGUUUAGCUUCAAGCGGAUAAUCAUGUUCCCAGUGACUCUAGAGACGUUAGAGUGUCGGGUAGACGAGAAUGUGCCACUUUCAAGCGAUGUCUUUUUAGUCAAUUCGUCAGUUACUUUAAGAAGUUUCCAUAGAGAAGAACCAAUAGUAUUAAGGUGUAUGUUAUUAUAGUUGGUCGAUGUUCUUUAGCGAAUAUUCGAUCGUAGAUGUAGCGGUGAUAGAAAGGUGAGUGCCUUAAACAAGAUUUGCUCAAGUACAGUUUACAAUCGAUCAUGAGUAGUGUCAAAGAUAGGGGGAGAAUUGUACAUUUUUAGUGGCACUUCGGUGUCAACCGGUUGAGGAAUUCGUAGGAUCUUUUCAAAAAGACACCGUAUACGUUAGCCAGUUAGUUUUAUUGCAAAGUCGACGCAUACACACUUACAUAUUCGCGUGGAC